AUGGGCGUAAUGCCCGAGCUGUCGAAGGCAGUGCAAGAAAUGGAUUGGAUUUUGCCAACUGAUAUUCAGGGGGAAGCUGUCCCGUUGAUUCUUGGAGGUGGUGAUGUACUGAUGGCUGCAGAAACCGGAAGCGGGAAGACUGGCGCGUUCUGUCUACCAGUUCUGCAGAUUGUUUACGAAACUCUUAAGGAAUUUCAAUCGGGAAAACGGCACCACGCGCACGGAUCGAGUGGAUCGAAACCGCAAGUUAUGAAGUUGAAUCCUUACGAUCGUACCGACGCAAUGGCAAUCGAUGCAGACGGUCUUCUCUGUCAAAGUCGAGAUCCAGGUGGCUGGCAUGGCGCACGAGCCAACUUGGGCGUUAAAAAUUGCGGUAAGAUUUAUCAAAUGUUUUCGAUAAAGUUCUUUGAACGUCUUUCUGCACAGGUGGAUGACUAG